AUGACUUGGGCGCCACCAAACAUAGCACCUACUUGUAUGGCGACGCAGGCAAACUUAACACAAUGUAGAAUAGGUUUUUCGUAUUUGUCGUUAUUAGUACAACUUUUUGGAAAAUCCGUCGAUGAAGAACCAGCGGAGGAAUUUGAAUCCUUUAAGCUAAAAUCAAUUCAUGAUUAUGGUAAAAAAUAUCAAUCUGCAAAUAAGGACGUGAAUACCAAACCUAGAAAAUAUUAUGAUUUUAUUAUUGUUGGAGGUGGAUCUGCCGGGUGCGUGCUAGCGAAUAGAUUGUCUGAAGUGAAAAAUUGGCAAAUACUCCUUCUUGAAGCCGGCGAGGAAGAACCCAAUGUAACAUCAAUACCAAAUGUAGCAUCAGCAUUAGCUCACUCCAGCGUUGAUUGGGCUUAUAAAACACAACCUGAGAGAUCGACAUGCCUAGCAGAAGGAAGUUGUUUUUGGGCAAGAGGUAAAACCAUGGGUGGAUCUAGUGCAAUAAAUUACUUGGUAUACAUGAGAGGUAAUAGAGAUGAUUAUGAUGGUUGGGCUUCCAGCGGCAACUAUGGCUGGAGUUAUAGAGAAAUUUUGCCUUAUUUUGAAAAAUCAAUCAAAAAACCUAACAACUCACCAAACAAUUUUUAUUAUGAGAGCGAAGGUUCGUUAAACGUUGAAAGAUAUUCUUAUGUAGAUACAGAAACAAAAUUGAUUGUCUCAGCUUUUGAAGAAAUGGGUUUGCCAAAUAUAAAUCUAGCCUUAGAAAGUAAAUUCGGCGUUAAUAUAAAUCUUUCGACUUCAAAAGGUGGACAGCGACAAUCCGCAAACACUGCAUUCGUAAGACCAAUUCGAAGGAAGAGGUCUAACUUACAAAUAAUAACAAAAGCGCGGGCAACAAAAAUACUUAUCAAUGCACGAAGAAAGGAAGCUAGAGGUAUAGAAUAUUACAAAGAUGGUAAAUUUGUUCGAGUUUAUGCAAAGAAAGAAGUUAUAUUAAGCGCCGGAUCUAUCGAUUCGCCAAGACUGCUCAAAGUAAGUGGUAUAGGUCCUCGAAAAGAAUUAGAGAGUCUCAAUAUUCCUGUGAUCGCAGAUUUGAAAGUUGGAUAUAACUUACAAGAUCAUGUUACCACAAACGCCUUAAUUAUUUCGCUAUCUAACAAAACUUCAACUAUUAUCAGCGACAAUAAUAUUUUAAAAGCGGUACAAAAUUAUUACGACCAGCCGGAGACAAAACAUGGCCCUCUAUCGACAACGAGUUUGAUCAACAGCGUCGCUUUUAUUAAUAGCAAUGGGAGUAAAACCGACGCCCCGAACAUACAAUUUCACUUUAUCGGUGAAAUAAUUACAGACCUUUAUGCUGAUCCAAUAAGUUACUUUCACAGUAGUGUUUUACCAGUAGCAUUUUACAAUGGUAUAGGCAUCCGUUCUUUAUUACUUACACCUCGAAGCAGAGGUAUAAUAUUACUAAAUAAAACUGAUCCAAUAUUUGGACCACCGUUGAUAUAUCCUGGAUUUUUUACACAAAAAGAAGAUAUGGAUAAUCUGAUUGCUGGUAUAAAUUUUGUAGUAAAAUUGGAAGACACUGAAACUUUUAAACGUUCUGGAGCCUAUUUUAACAGAACGCGUUUCCAAGGAUGCACACAAUACGAUUGGGGCACAUACGACUACUUUGGUUGUAUCCUCACACAUUAUACAACGACUAUCUACCAUCCAGUUGGAACCUGUAAGAUGGGUCCGAAAUGGGAUAGGGACGCUGUUGUAGAUCCGAGAUUUAGAGUGUAUGGCUUGAAACGUUUGAGAGUUGUCGAUGCGUCUCCUAUGCCGAAGAUCGUCCGAGGCAACACAAAUGCACCCACUCUUAUGAUGGCUGAAAAGGGAAGUGAUAUGAUCAAAGAAGAUAAUGGCAUGAAGUAA